AUGACCUGGCAAACCGAACUCAACUCAUGGCUGUCGCCACCCAGCGUGCAAACAGCAGAAACGCCCACUGUCGGCCAAAAGGCACCUUCAACACCAAAGCUAAACAUACCCGCAAAAGAUGGCAAGCCGACCAUUAUCAGUUUCCUCAGACACUGCGGCUGUCCAUUUGCAGAAAAGACGUUUUUGAAUAUGAGGGACAUGGCAGCGGCGCACAGAGAUGUCGACUGGGUGGCUGUGAGCCAUAGCGAGCAAGGAGCGACGGAGAGGUGGUUGGCGGCACUACCUGAGCCUGCGAAGAACACCCAACCCAACCUCCAUAUCAUUGUUGAUGCUGAACGCGAGGCAUAUGGCGCAUGGGGCUUGGGCAUAUCGUCCUUGUGGCACGUUCUCGGUAGCAUACCCGGGACGACGAAACUCAAACAAGAGGGCAUCAGCGUCCGAGCUACAGAGAGCGGCAGCAGAUGGCAGACGGCGGGUAAUUUUGCGAUAGACGGAGAGGGGACUGUGAAGUGGGCGAGGGUGGAUCAGAGGGCGGAUGAUAUGCCGGAUUUCAAGCAGGGCCUUGAUGCUGUGCUAGGAGUGUAG